ACAAUGAGCUCCUCAUUCCAAAACGAAGUCCUCAACAGCACGAACUGGUAUCGUGCCCAACACGAAGCCGCACCCUUAACCUGGAACUCCACUUUAGCCUCCUACGCCCAAGACUAUGCCAAAAACUGUAUCUGGAAACAUUCCGGCGGCCCCUACGGCGAAAACCUCGCCUCAAACUUCCAAACCCCAACCCUCGCCAUCUCCGCCUGGGCCCAAGAAGAAAAAACCUACAACUACGCCCACGGAAAAUUCUCCGAAAAAGAAGGCCACUUCACCCAACUCGUCUGGCAAAACACAACUCAAAUCGGCUGCGGACUCGUGCAAUGCGACAACAAUGACGCUGCGGAUUCGGGCGUGAAAGGCGCAUAUCUCGUUUGCGAAUACAGUCCGCGAGGAAACGUUGAGGGACAGUUUAAGGAGAAUGUUGAG